CUGGGGCCUGGCUGUGCUAGGGGGCAGGGAGCUGGGGUUACAGGUCACAGUGCGCGUGAAGGUUGAGGACGUGACCCCAGAGGAGAUGGAUGCCCCUGAAGCAUUAUGGGAAUCUCAGAGCACCCAGCUGGAGCCACCACAGCCCCAUCCCACAUGGGGAACCCCAGAGGAGGAGGCACUGAAGAAGUACGAGCUGCCAGGCGCCCCUGGAAAGGAGCUCCAAGUUGGACGAGAAAUAGCAGGUGCUGGAAUCCUGAGCUGGGCUGAAGAGCAGCCUCGCAACGAAGGGCUUGAAAUGGUGCUGCCCCCCGGAGUAUCACAGAGUGGAUCAGGAGAGAGCGUUACCCACACACCUGAGCAGGAAGGAGCCUGCAAGAGGCAGAAGAAGAUCCCAGCAGGGAAGGAGCCCGGCCCCCCAGAGGAACAAUGCAGCAGAUUCAGGAGACUGACCCAGCUCCUUGCACAGGGCAGACCUCAGACCACAGGGGACCUUCACCAAGAGCAAUCCCAUAGAUGUCGAGACUGUGGGGAAAGCUUCAGGGAAAAGCAGGAGCUCAUGGCUCAUGACAAGGUCCAUGAGAAAGAGAGACGCUAUCCCUGCGCCGAAUGUGGGAAGAAAUUCAACUGUCCAGCACAUCUCAAAACCCACCAGAGAAGCCACACGCGCGAGAAGCCCUACUCAUGUGGAGAGUGCGGGAAACUGUUUGGCUAUCUCUGCACGCUGACUACGCACCAGAGAACCCACACAGGGGAGGGCUUGUUCCCCUGCGAUGAGUGCGGGAAAACCUUCACCAGCCCCUCGGAUCUCAACAAGCACCAGCGCUCUCACACGGGCGAGCGGCCCUACCCCUGCGCCGAGUGCGGGAAGCGCUUCAACCGGCUCUCCAACCUGAAGAUGCACCACAGGACUCACACGCAGGAGAGGCCCUACCCAUGCACUGAGUGCGGGAGACGCUUUGGCCACCUCUCCACGCUCGUGAGGCACCAGAGAGCCCACACAGGGCAGAGACCCUUCCCCUGUGCAGAGUGUGGCAAGACCUUCACCACCCGGACAGGGUUGAGCAAGCACCAGAGAAUCCACACAGGCAAGCGGCCCUACCCCUGUGGGGAGUGUGGAAAACGCUUUGGCUACCUCUGUGCUCUGACCACACACCAGCGACUGCACACGGGGGAGAGACCCUUCUCCUGUGCUGAGUGCGGGAAAACCUUCACCAGCUCCGCGGACCUGACCAAACACCAACGCUCCCACACAGGUAAGUGGCCCUACCCCUGCGUCGAGUGCGGGAAGCACUUCAGCCAGCUCUCCACCCUGACAGUACACCAGAGGACUCACACACAGGAGAAGCCCUACCGCUGUGCUGAGUGUGGGAAGAGCUUCAAGUACCUGGCUUACCUCACCAUUCACGAGCGCUCCCACACCGGGGAACAGCCCUUCCCCUGCGCCAAGUGUGGGAAGAGCUUCAGCAACAAGUCAGCUCUCACCCGGCACCAGAGAAUCCAUGCCAGAGCUGCAGCUAUGGAUGACACACAGGCCCCCACCGCUCAGCAGCGGGCAGGGAGACCCCCCACUUGCACCCCGGGAGAAGCUGCUGGGAAUUGCCCGCCUCGGGCUGUGCCCAUCCCCGUGGAGUGGGGUCGCCGGGCUCCCGAGGCCCCCGCUCCCGGAGACCGGCCCAGCUGGGCAGGGGCGGGGCCGGAUCUGACUGACAGCGAUCGCCGCCAAUCCCCGCGCGGAGGGAUUAACCCUGCGUUGGCCGGCGCGGAAGCUCUUUGUCUGGGGAACGGGCCUGCCUCGCUCUGCGUCCAGGCGGGCCGGCGAGAGAAUAUGGAAACAGCAGAUCCAAUGGGCCCAAAAGCAGGAAAUGAGCUGAAGAGAGACGGGAAGCAGUCAGUCCUGGGACCAACCAUCUCAGUCAGUCCUCGAUGGCAGCUGAGGACUGAGCAGUGGGACAGGAUGUCCCAGUAUUGGAAAGAUCAAUUUCAGGAGGAGCUACAGAGUUUACGGACACCUGCUGAGGUUGUGCCGACAUCAGUCCCUGCAUCAAAAAACCCUCCGCUGCUGGAGCUGACCCCAGAGGAGGAUAUUGAGGCCUACCUGGCUUCCUUCGAGCAAGUGGCUGAAGCCUGCCAGUGGCCCAGAGGAGAGUGGGUGACCCGCCUUGUGCCAGCCCUCAGUGGAAAAGCUUGGCAGGCCGUUAGCAGCCUGGAUGCCAGAGAUGCUGGAGAUUACAGGAAGGUGAAGGCAGCCGUCCUGCGAGGGUGCAAUGUUGGCACGGAGACACAGCGCCAGCGCUUCAGGCAGUUCCGCUACCAGGAAGCCGAGGGGCCCCGGGCAGUUUUCUGCCGACUUUGGGAACUCUCCCAUCGAUGGCUGAAGCCGGAGAUCCGCACCAAGGAGCAGAUCAUGGAGCUGCUGAUCCUGGAGCAGUUCCUGACCAUCCUGCCGGAAGAAGUCCAGAGCUGGGUUUCUGAACAUUGCCCAGAGACAUGCGCCCAGGCAGUGUCCCUGGCCGAGGAUUUCCAGGUCACAGUGCAUGUGAAGGUUGAGGACGUGACCCCAGAGGAGAUGGAUGCCCCUGAAGCAUUAUGCAAAUCUCAAAGCGCCCAGCUGGAGCCACCACAGCCCCAUCCCACAUGGGCAUCACCAGAGGAGGCGGCACUGAGGAAGUAUGAGCUGCCAGGCGCCCCUGGAAAGGAGCCCCGAGUUGGACGAGAAAUGGCAGGUGCCAGUAUCCUGAGCAGGACUAAGAAGCAGCCUCACAACGAAGAGCCUGGAAACCUGCAGCCCCCCAACAUAUCACAGCAGGAUUCAGGAGAGAGCAUUAACCACAGACCUGAGCAGGAAGGAGCCUGCAAGAGACAGAAGAGGAGCCCAGUUGGGAAUGAGUCAGAUCCCUUAGGGGAACGUGAGAGUGGAUUCAGGAGACUAAUCCAACCUCCUGCACCGGGCAGACCUCGGACCACAGGGGACCUUCAAAAUCAGAACAGCAUUCACAGGACAGAGAAGCCCCUUAAAUGUCGAGAUUGUGGGGAAAGGUUCUGGGAGAAGCAGGCACUCGUGGCCCAUGGGAGAGUCCAUGAGAAGGACAGACCAUAUCCCUGUCCUGAAUGUGGGAAGAGUUUCAACAGACUGACCCAUCUCAAAACGCACCAGAGAACCCACACGGGAGAGAAACCCUAUUUCUGUGCCGAAUGUGGGAAGAACUUUGGCCAUCUCUCCACGCUCAUUACACACCAGAGGCUGCACACAGGGGAGAGACCCUACUCCUGUGACGAGUGUGGGAAAACUUUCACCAACCCCUCGGACCUCAACAAGCACCAGCGCUCCCACACUGGCGAGCGGCCCUACCCCUGUGCUGAGUGCGGGAAGCGCUUCAGCCAGCUCUCCAACCUGACGAUGCACCAGAGGACUCACACACAGGAGAAGCCCUACCCCUGUGCUGAGUGCGGGAAGAGCUUCAAGUACCUGGCUUACCUCGCCAUUCACGAGCGCUCCCACACUGGGGAACGGCCCUUUCCCUGCACUGAGUGCGGGAAGAGCUUCAGUAACAAAUCCUCUUUGGCCCGUCACCUGAGAAUCCAUGCCAGAGCCACAGCCAUGGACAAGUGAGACCCUCCCAACAGAGGGCUCCACUCCGGUCGUGUGUGUAUAAUAAUGUGAAGCAGGCCCUGAGAGAAGCUAGCCCCCUGCCCACUAACAGAAGCAUCCCCCUCACGGACGCCGGGGGCAUGAAUUGGGACUUCACCUUAGUCCUUUGAGGUGUCCCGAUUCCAGAACCGCCCCAGCAGUGAUUUGCUCCUUCCUGCUUGAACUAGUGAGGAGAGGGCCACUCUAGGGGCUUGUCUUUGCUGCAAAUUAACUUUUUGUAACUCAAGUGUUGUCCCUCACUCGAGUCCCAUCCACAUACAGUACCUUUAAGUGGGGUGCAGUGUUGCUGUGACCCCAAGGAGGGGGCAUAGGCUAAAAUUGGAGCACAAUUCAUCAGCUGCUAAUACAAUCCCUCUGUAGUGUGGCUCUAGGCUUGUACCACUUGCAUAUCACUAGUUCUCCAGUGCCUUCCCACGAUUCCCCUAGUGUGCCCAGAAAGGACAGACAUGUUCCCACUACUCACUGGGAAAUGCGUGUGCCCAGAAGCCAUAGUGCCAUACUCUAGGGAGCGCAGACCCUGUGUGGGUACAGCAGCGUGGCUGUUCUCAGCCAAGCUUGGCUAACUCGAGAGGAGUCACUGGACCGCAGAUAACUCAAGUUAACUCUGUAGUGAAGGCAGAGACAGUGAGGCUGGCAGGCCCCAGCCCAGCAGUACCAGGAACAGCACCUACAGGGGAAGUCAUUGGACCAACUCUACCUCUUGCCUCACUGCCAACCAGUUCUGCCUUGAUGCCCCCGCACAGCCCACCUUCUUCCAUGCUCUGCCCUACUCAGCGGCACCCAGCCUCACCAGCGCUUCAGAGCCCUCUAUCAUCUUUUCCCAGCAGCUGCGUGUAACCAGGGCCCAAGUCUGCUGCAUUGACUCCCUGCCUCCCGCUCACCCGACUGGCUCUUCUAGCUGACUCUUAUCUCAGCCUAAGCAUUGAUGUUCUCCGUGUACUCUUCUGUAUUUAAUCAUCACCCCCCGAUUUUCUGCUCCUGUCCUGUUAACGCUCUUUCUGUUUGCUGCCCUGUCUCUAGUGCGUUGCGUUAUCCAGACCAUGCGGUUGCUCCUUGGCUCAGCUGCCCAUCAGCACAACCGCCGAUUCAGUUUUAUUGGUGUGAGAUUUUGAUCAGAUGGCCCCAAUCCUGCACGGAGCUCCACGUGGACAGAUUCCUCUGGAAUGUUGCCUGGCUAAUGGGGUCCCUGUGUGUAGCUCAAUGCAAGAUUGGGGCCUUAGUUUAAAAUCUUCUGAUCUUCCCUACCUCAUUGGUUACCCUUCUGAAUUGCUGGUAUUUUUUAUUUAUUUCCUGCUGAUUUGAUUGUAAUGUACUGAACAGCACUCCUUGUCAAUCAAUCACUGCUCUGCACACUUAAUUAACUCUCUUUCCCUGUUCCUUUGACUCAGUUAAACCCACUCUCUUGAUUUGGCCCUUGUGUAGCUGCCCAUUGCCAUUCUCGGUGUUGUCCCCCUGACUUCUUGCCCUGUCGACUCCCAGCUCACUGUAAUGAUGUUUUAUCAGUCUCCCUGGAUGGGUUUAGUUUCUGGCUGAGAACAGGGAGAAGGGGUGGAAAGUGGGACCUGCGUGGUGGUGGCAGGCAUCUAGCACUCAUAGGAAAAGCUAAGGGGUGCGUCGAGACAUUUGGUAACGUGAUUCAAGGACAGCCCUUAUAUCUCCAGCUGCAGCCCAGUGCCACUCUGCUUUUCUCACUGCAGCCCAGCCAGCAGUGCACCAUGAGAAUAAGUGGCCCAGCGAUUCACAGGGACAGAUUUACGAUUACAGUGUUUACGUUGGUAAGUGAAGAACACGUGCCAUCCCCAUAAGUGCUUCAUUUCCUUGUUGAGGAGGCAAUAUUCGGAGGAACUCUGCCCAAGAUGUUGCGGGGGAAGAACCAGGGUAGCCAGAACUGAUGCAGGCCCAGCAUCUUUGCAUCCACACUGAGUGCCUGAGAGAGUUACUCUCACUCGGGAGCAGCCGUCUCACUCGGGAGCAGCUAUCCUGCUGUUCCCAUGUAGAUGUCGUGAUAUCCUGUAGUUUUGGGCUCUGUGAGCCAGCAAAGCAAAACCAGAGCUUAGACUUCAACUUCCACUGUGGAUGGUGAAUCUUGUGUAUUGUGACUGGAUGGCUGCUUCCCUGCAGCUCCAGAGGGGCUAGGGAGCGCACAGCACACAGGCCUCGUGUACAGCUUGAAAAUGAGGACCUGUAAUUCCAGGUGUAUUCCAGUGUAGCUCCAUUGGCAGAAACAACAGUGGAAGCUGUAGUGUAGAGAGGACUUUGGCAUUGUUACCAUUGUGUCAUUAACCCCUAACCAGCAAGUGAGCUCUCGGCCAACUUACCACUCUUUCCAAAUACCAACUGAAGAAGCUCUGAUGGAAGGAGGGGCUCUGAGGGCUUCAGAGAAGAUUUGCAGGCUUCUGCUGAGAAAUUUCAGGGCUCCUGUCACGACCAGUCCUGGAUGCAUACCUUCUUCAACACCACUCUCUUGGGUCACUAUCUCUCUACGCUUCCUCUCUGGACACUUCCCUGUCAAUAGUGGGUGAUCCUGGCUGUUUUAACUAUUUCAAGGGCCUUGCAGAUCUCUUCAAAACCUGAUUGACUGCAUCUCAAUCUGCUGGGUUUGAAAAGCUACUAACACCAAUAAAUACAAUAUACAUAAUAGUGUUCAGUAACCCUGCUACAUUACUGCAGGAGGGAAAGCCUAAUCCAAUUACAGCUCAGCCAUGCUUCUCUUUCUGAUCACAAUCUACCCCCUCUGCACACCUGCUCCCUGUCUCUUUCAGAGCCACCCAACAAUCUUCACGUUCAGCCCCCAAAAGCUCCAAAUGAGCUGCCUAGAGCGGCCCUGCACAAGUCGCAGCUUCUAUGUCUCUGGGCACCCAGUAGCCCAUGUUCUUGGUGCCACAACAUACCUCAUCAUAGAGUUUCACGUAAUAGUUAUAACACCAUCUCAUAUCACACAAUUUCAAGUUAGCACAGUCCCUUCUCCACAACUCCAGUGAAUAUGGAGGGAGGAGAGGACGAUCCAAGUGCAAUGCCUCAAAGAUAUCCCCACAGUUUGGCAUCUAGCAUAGGAAAGGUGCGUGGUCCAGCUCCUGCACUCCCAUCGUUGGAGCUCCCAAAGUCCCUGUAAGGGGAGGACACUAAGGCUAUGUCUUCACUGA